AUGGGUUUAAAAAGCUCUUCUCUUCUGUGCCUAACAAUGAUCCUUGCAUUGUCUUCAACCAUUCACGGUUUAGACAUCACAAAACUGUUAGGGCAAUACCCAGAAUUUUCACUGCUCAACAAAUACCUCACUGAUACCAAGCUUGCAGAACAAAUUAACAGUCGUAUCGGCGUCACAAUCCUUGCCGUCGACGACCAAGCCCUUUCCUCUCUCUCAGGCGAGUCCCUAGAAACCAUUAAGGCGAUUCUGAGCUCAAACAUUCUCGCUAACUACUACGAUGAGAAGAAGCUCGUAGAAGCUCAAGGUGCCCACUCCAAAGUGGAAACGCUGUUCCAAUCCUCAGGUCUGGCGAAGAAUAACCAGGGUUACAUAUACGUUUACUUGGUUGGCGAGGGUGCAGUGGCGUUUGGUUCUGCCGUUAACGAUGAACCUACCGAUGUGGAGUUGAUGGGAACCGUUAUGACUCAACCCGAAACCGUUUCCAUUAUGCAUAUUACUAGACCCAUUGUGGCACCUGGCAUUAAUGCACUGACAGCUGGCAUUGGAAGUGUAAAGGUAACCAAAUCUGCUGCCCAGUCUCCGGUUGCCGCCGAAGCACCUGGUUCUAACAGUGGCUCUGGUCGCGUUCAUGUGGGUCUCGUUGGUGCUGUUUCUGCCUUAGCUUCCCUUGUGUCCAUGUUUGUGUAA